UAAAAUUUAAUCUUUCGUACAAAACCGGCUAAAGUCUAUCCUAAUGUUACAACAUGCACAAAAUUUUCCAUUUGUAUCGCCUGUGCUUUGAUUGAAACCAAAGGACAAUAGGUGGAUAAGCAUCCAUAUCCUCAAUUAGUUUAAUGCCGCUAUCAGAAAGAAUCGCGGCGUUGGGGGGUCACGACCGACGAUAUAUUUAGUCCAGUUUCGAUGGCUGAUGGGUCGCACGAGCGUUGGGGCAGCCAGCUAGAGUAUCUGCUGUCAUGUCUAGGAUACGCCGUCGGAAUUGGAAACAUUUGGAGAUUCCCAUAUUUGUGUUAUAGGAAUGGAGGAGGUGCAUUUCUCAUACCGUAUUUCCUGACGCUUGUCAUCUGCGGCAUCCCGCUCGUGUAUCUAGAGACGACGUUGGGACAGUUUGCGAGCGCAGGAUGUAUUUCUAUAUUCAACAUCAACCCACUAUUCAAAGGAGCGGGGUAUGCAGUGAUUUUGGUGAACAUAAUAGCAACAACGUACUUCGCAGCUAUAAUGUCAUUCCCCUUACUGUACAUCUAUCAUUCGUUCACUUCUCCCCUACCCUGGCAGAGCUGUGGAAACUCAUGGAACACUGAUCGUUGUUCUGAGUUAACUGGAAACUCGACAUCUGUAAUUGGUAACACAGGUGCGGUAACGACUCCCGAAGACGAAUUCUUCCAUAUACGUCUACUACAAAUGUCGCCAAGCAUUAACGAGAUCGGUGGCAUUGUGUGGCCUCUGUUCUGUUGCAACCUAAUAUGUUGGGUCUUCGUCUACCUCUGCAUUUGUGGAGGUGUCAAGAGCGUCGGUAAGAUUGUUUACUUCACAGUUUUGUUUCCAUAUGUGGUGCUUUUCGCUUUGUUCAUACGAGGUGUGACUUUACCCGGAGCUGGACAAGGGAUCUUAUAUUUUAUACUACCUGAUUGGAGCCAGUUGAAGAAUCCUAAGGUAUGGGCAGAUGCUGCAACACAGAUAUUCUACUCGCUCGGACCAGGAUGGGGAGGUUUAGUGAGCAUGGCUAGCUUCAACAAAUUUCACUACGAUAAUUUGAGGUCAUCAAUAAUAAUACCAAUAGUGAACAGUGGUACAAGUAUUUGGGCUGGUUUCGUGGUAUUUUCUGUGCUCGGUUUUGCGGCGGAGCGCGCCGGAGUGCCCGUCAGUCAAGUGGCCACGGCAGGUCCGGGACUAGCAUUCAUCACAUACCCAGCGGCUGUCACGUUAAUGCCGGCGCCAAAUUUCUGGGCUAUCACCUUCUUUGUUAUGCUCUUCUUUCUUGGCAUUGAUACAAUGUUUGUGACCAUAGAAGCCGUGAUCACAGGUCUGCUAGACGAAUAUCCUAAGUUGCAUCGGCGCAGAAAACUGAUAACUCUUAUGACUUGUUUGAUACUUUUUUCAAUUUCAACGAUCUGUAAUACCAAGGCUGGUCUACACAUAAUCGGUCUACUGGACUCCCACGUGGCAAUAGCUUGCGUGCCUAUCGUCUGCAUCAUGGAGGUGGUUGCAGCUGUAUACACAUACGGCCAGGAUAAGCUCAGGACCGACGUUCUCUUCAUGACUGGCAGACCACUGAAGAGGUUCUGGCUGAUACUAUGGAGAUAUAUACUGCCAGUUAUUUUAAUGGUGGUGGCCGGCUAUUCGCUGCGUGAAGCUUCAGGUAUAGCUGGCUGGUGUGUUGCACUUGCGUCGGUCGUCUGCAUUCCUAUUUUUGCAGCGAAAACUAUUUACAUGUCCAGAGGACCUCUCCUACAACGGAUCAAAGAGAACUGUCGUGCGAACGCGCUCUGGGGUCCAGCGGAGACUGAAGUCCGAGCUCAGUGGAAUACAUUCCGCAAGAAGAAACUGCACGUGUCCCUAGAUAUAUUAAAUAAUCAUGCAGAUAAAUAA